UAAUUUUGCUUCAAAAUAAAAGAUGUGUUUAUUUCCUAUUCAUGCAUCUUAUAUAAGUUUAAUGUGUAUUUUUGCUUUAUUCCAGCAAUGUUACGGUAACCUUUGUCACGAGGAGAACGCUAACGUAAAAGUACAAGGGGGAAGCUAUCUCGUAGAAGGCGAUAUCUUGUGCGAGGAUGAUAAAAUAAACAAGGAUCACAAAGUGAUAGAGAAAGGGACACACAAAUGGGGACCUGAAAUGAAAUAUCAGAUUGAUGGACGCUUUGACGACAGAGCAAAGACAAUCAUCAGAGACACGCUGAUGAAUCUCGAAACUAAAGUCAAGAAAGAUGCAUUGGGAUGUAAAUUUUCCCUGAAGGAAGAACGUCCCGAAAAUCAAAGCCAGAGUAUCUUCUUCGUGAAAGGAGACGGAUAUUACACUGCAGUAGGGAAAACGGCUAGCUCCUCUUCGCCACAUAAUAUAAGUCUUGCUGCAAUCGAAAAGGGUAAAAGCGGGUCUAUUGUUCACGAGCUGAUGCACGCCAUGGGAUUUUGGCACGAGCACGUGAGGCCAGACAGAGAUAAGUACAUCACAGUCAACAAACGCAACAUAAAGAAAAUGAAGGAGAUCUACUUCAUUAGACUGAAUAGUAAUGAAGUGCAGGGGGACUUUACCGACAUCAAAUAUGACCCGUGUUCCCUUCUCCAUUAUGGAGAAUAUGCCUUCAGCAAUGCAAAGGGGAAAAAAACCAUAACUUCAAAACAAAUCCUUCCAGAUGGUUGCGAAAUGGGACAGAGACGUGAAGCGACUAGGUCGGAUAUAGAAAGAAUAAGAAAAAUGUUCAAGUGCGAGACGAAAACAGGGACCGGCGAGAAAUCUGGACCAUAAACCCAUACAUGUAGGGCGAAAGAAGACAAAUAACAUUGUUGGGGUGUUGAGCUUAAUGGCGACAUUUUCAGAAAUUGUUACGCCGAUUGCUGACAUUUAUUUCUGCAAUAUUUACGCUUACUAGUUACAGUGACUAUAUUUGCAGAUGAAUACAAAAAGUAUUUAGGUUUUAAUUAAGUAUAAACUGACAAAUUUUAUUUAUUUCAUAAUAAACUUUGAUUCCAGAUGACAUAUGAGUGUUUAAAGAAAUGAUUUUAGUAUUAUGUAUCUAUUUUAUUAAUUUAUGUAGAUCUUUGUGAAUUCUAAAAUAAUUGGUUAGCAAUAUAUAAUUAUGUUUCAUAAAAAUAUUGUAAAUAAAUCCCUUAAAACAGUAUUAUUUUAUGAAAAUCCCGUUAUAUAUAAAUUAAAUCUGCAAGUAUUGCAUUUUCAGUAGUUUAUUACUUAUCGUCGGACUAAGCAUAAUUAAUUUAUCACAACAGUCAUUUCAAUACUAGUUACACAUAGGUCAAGUUUUUACGAUGGUAUUUUCACAUUUUUAUAUUUAUCCAACGGAAAUAAAUGAACAUAGAAAUAAUGAUUGAUUGGAAGUAAAUAUCAUAUAAUUUAUAAAGUAUAUAGAAUAUGUAAACGCAACUGUUUUCAUGACAUAUUCCGGAUGUAAAAUUAAAAACCGAUUAGGUAUAAUAGAUUACCGUAAAGUAGUAAAAAUUAGGGGCUAGUGAUAGUUCGCAGUUGUCCUAGCUGGACCUAGUUCGCGGUUAAUCUAUUUCACGCAGUCACGCGUUAAAGAAAUUAUGUAGUAAACAACUAUAUGCAUUUGUUUGUAAAUAAUCGCUGGGUAUUCAUAUCAGCGCUAUAUUUAAUGACCGCGAAAGUGCAAAAUUAAAUAUCACUCGAAUAUUACCAGCUAUACAAUAUAGAGAGCACCUUUUCUAGUAACACCAUUGUAUUUUACCACUGUCAUUUUUUGAAUCUCUGCUUUAUACUGUACUUAGUUAUAAUCCUAUUUCAAUGAAAUUGAAAAUGGUAUUAAUUUCGCCACGAUCAUAUACUGCUUGAAUCCGGCACAGUUUAUUUUUUGAAUUGUUUAUUGUUAGUAUCUGAUAUGAAUGAUGUUAACCUAUUAUUGAUAUUUAUUUUCCCCGAAAAAUAAUUAAGUUCAAGUAGACUAAUAUAUUCAAUAAAUAUAAAGUGACAUGAAUGUAUGUUGAAUUAAUGGAUAAAUCCCUGUAUAUAAAUGUAUGUUCUAUACAAGAUGUUAUGUGAUGUUUUUUCAGUAUUUAAAAGACAUACAUUUUCACAUGUGAUCAGAUUUUGAAAAACCCGAAAUUCAUUAAUUGAAGAUAAACUAAAUAAUGUCACGUAAAGUUUUUCGUUGUUUACUAUGUUUUCAUCAAUAACAGACAAUACAGUUCGGUUUUAAAACACGAAAAUGUUGAGAUAUACUUAUCUUUAAUGACAUGUAUCUAAUUUUGUCUUUGGUCUACAAUACCUCCUGCUGUGCUGCUUCUGUGACUGUUGAAUUAUUGUCUCCGUUUCGUUUUCAAUUAAAGCAUUGUUGCUAUCA